AUGAAGACGCCCCUUCCUUUCCAGGAGGGCGAGGGCUGGGAGUACGGUCUUCAGAAACACGUCUUCCAGCCACGCGGUAUCAAAGAGAUGUCCAUGAUCCCCAGUCAUGAGGUGCGGAAGAAAUUGACAUUUAUGAAUAACAGAGGGCCAGAUGGCACUCUGGGGCCGCGCGACCAUUCUCUCCGAGCACCUCUGAUUGUCGAUCUGGAUAACGAGGCCGACGUCGGUCGGAUCUUCAACAGUGGCGGCGCAGGCAUAUUUGCGAAGCCACAGGAGUACUGCAGUGAGUAUCCGGAGAAUUUCAUCAAACGCCAUCCACUGACGCUCGUCUCAGAAAUCCUCGCGGUGCUGCUCAACGACGGAACAUGCCCGAAAACCGGCAGCCAGCUGCUUCGUGGAGAGACCGUGAAGGAGAUGUUCACGAACCAAAUCCCUCAAUUCCCCAGCUACAGUCGCCAAGGCAUCCCCGCCGCAAAGCCGGACCUCACAAACCCCAUCCCUGAGAUGUAUGCGGUCUCUGGAGAUCCACCCCAGGGCUGGGGUCUGAUGUUCAUGCUGGGCAAUGGUGGCGCGACGGGCCGAUCGACUGGUACUGCGCACUGGGCUGGGCUUCCAAAUCUGUGGUGGUGGGCGGGUCGCGAGAAGGGCGUUGCCGGGAUGGUGUGUACGCAGAUCUUGCCGUUCAAAGAUGUGAAUGUGCUUGGGUUGUGGGUGGCGGUGGAGAGCGAGGUAUACAAGGCGCUGGGGGAUGGUAGCAGAAUUACCACAUAG